AUGAGUGGUUUGCACAGAAAGGAGUCCAGCAAGAAAAGGGGAGGUAAAACGUUCGAAAAGAGUAGGAAAGAGGGAGAGAACAUCCAUCAGGAUGACGGGGAACACAGAGAUGGAGGAUCUGGUGAUGAUGAUCAACAAGCUCCAAGUACGGAAGCGGUGGUGGAGAAGGGACUUUUUGCCUCGGGGUAUCGGCAUCGUUACGAGAUGUCCGCUCAUUCUUCAAAUGAUACCAAGCAGCGAAGGUAUUAUGUUUCUCGUGAGUACUUAGAGUUUUUGCAUCUGCCGGAUGAGAGGUUCACUGAUUUCACGGAAGUGAGGAAAGAAAUUGUGGCGGCAACAGACAGGGAAGCAGCGGACAAGGCCAUCUCCUCCAAACCCAUCAACCUCAGGCUCUAUUCCCCUCAUGUUCUUCAGCUCACUCUGGUCGAUUUGCCUGGUAUGACCAAGGUCCCGGUUGGGAACCAGCCUGAAAACAUCGAACAACUUAUCCGCGACUUGAUCUUGGAGUACAUCGAGCCCGAAAACACAUUGAUCCUGGCCGUGACUCCUGCGACGGAGGACCUGGCCAACUCCGACGCACUCAAACUCGCUCGCCAAGUUGAUCCUAACGGAUUAGAGAAGUUGCACGACUUUCACUUUCCUUUCGUUCGCCUGGAACCUCCUCCCCUCUUCCUUUGGUUCCGGCUCGGAGAAAGGACGAUCGGAGUGCUGACGAAGCUGGACCUCAUGGAUCGAGGCACAGAUGCAAGGGACGUUUUGGAAAAUAAAGUCUUCCCUUUGAAGCGAGGAUACAUCGGAACUGUGAACAGAUCGCAGGCAGAAAUCACAAGCGGGACAGACAUGUAUACCGCCAGAGACUCGGAAGACAAAUUUUUCGUGAACCACCCCGCUUACAAUCACGAAGCUCUUGCGAAUAAUUAUUAUCUGGUCGAAGACGAGGAUAUCGUCGGUGUCCUCGUCCGGCUUAGCUAUCAUGUUCCCGUUUUGAAUGAAAUGGAAGGGAUUGACAGGAACUUGAUGGAGCAAGUUGGGACGAGGGCCCUCCAAAGGGUGCUGAAGCGGCAAUUGGAAGAGCACAUUAAGGAGAAGCUACCGGGGAUCCGAUCCAACAUGAUACAAAAAAAAUCCAAUCUCUUCGAACAGCUACAAAUCUUGGGAGCUCUCGAAAACAGGACAAAAAGCAGCAAUUCGAUUUUCCAUCAGGUGAUGGCAAUGUUCGCCAGAAGCGUGAAACGUUGUCUCGUGGGUUUCACGGAAGACGUGGAUAUCACCGAAAUACAGCUGGGCGCCGUCAUCAAUGAGACCCUCAACGAUGAGAUCAUUAAUGGCCUCCUCAAUGUGGAGAAUCUGAUGCCAUCGAAGGAGGAGGUAAUGACGGCCAUGCGGAACUUGGUUGGGGUUCAUAAUUACACGGCACCCCCGCAGCAAGCAUUGAGGAGAAUGGUCCAUCACCUAACCAAGAAAUUCGAGGAACCAAUGAAGAUGUCUGUUGAAAUUAUCGCGGAGCACACCGGCAGAGCCAUCGAGAAAUUUGCCUCUCAGGAAAUCGGAUCCUUCCCCAACUUGAAGCAAGAAGUGCUGAUCCUGGUGAUGGAGAAACUAAAGCAGAAUGAGCUGAGCUGCAAGGAACUCCUUGUGACGUACAUCGAAGCGGAGCGGGCCUUCAUGAACGAUAAGCAUCCUCAUAUGAAGCAGGAUGAUAUAUCAACUUUCAUUCAGAUCAGUGCGACAGGGGAAGGAAAAGAAAAUGGAGGAAAAAUGAAUCCGAGAAGUUCCCCGAUACCUCCACCAAAGAUACCAAAGGGAACCCAGAAGAUCCACCAAGGCUUCCUGAGCCUCCCAGGUGAAUCUGCUUUCAGGAGGAGGAAACAGGCUUGGUUCACCCUCACACCUUCUCAACUCACUGCAUUCGAAGACAGCCAGGAAGACAAGGAGCUGCUACGACUCAACAAUGAAGAGAUCCGAAUUGUAGCGACUAACGAAACGAGAAGGAGUCGCAAGAAGUUCAUCAUCUCCAGCAUCGAUGGCAGACCCCUUGGUAAGGGAUCCGCAAAGGAAAUCGAAGUUACAUACGAUGGGAAGGACGGAAAAGAAGCUGGUGAACAAUGGGAAUCUAAGUUCCGAGAAGCAGGAAUCCAGAUCGAAAACUUCGGGAGUACCGUCUCCCUCUUAUUUGCACUUAAUAAGGAACCGCUUGAUCCUUUCUAUUUGCGCAUGAAGUUCUAUGAUGAUCGGGCCGACAACGGCAACAUGCUUCAACGCAGGUCACUGAUUCGGCAGUGGUCGAUGAUUCGACCCAGAAAAAUCGAAUUUCAUCAGGAUUUGAAGAAAGACGGCGAUGACUUCGCUGAAAAGAUUCUCCGAUACAUGAGAAUCGUGAGGGAGACCAUCCGAGAUCUCACGCCCAAGUACAUAAUCCUCAAGUUGAUCAACAUGCUGAUAAAAUACAUAGAGGAGGAGCUCGUGGCUGAAAUCCAGGAGAGGAAUCGUGACAUCGACCAGCUGAUGGAGCCCGGAGGAGACGAGGAGAUGAAGAGAAGGCACCUCUUGAGUCUGUACGAGGCGACGCAGGAGGCCGUGAAGAUCAUCAACAGUUUUACCCUUUCCAAUGCUCCUUCCUCCGCCUCCGCUUGACGUCCUUCGGUUUUUUUUUGUUUUAUCGUUUUCUGCUCGGAUUGUCAUCAGUCCGAUUUUGUAUUAAAAUAAUGUAUACCCGAAGGAA